GUUUGUCUUCCCGACGAAGGUACGCAUUUUGUAAUUGCGAUCCAGUAUUUCUUCCAAAUUGGAGAACUGACCCAAAUGAGAAUUUGCGGUAACAGCUCUAGUCUGCUAAAUUGAUUGAAUCCAUGGAGGAAUCGUACGGCACUCUCCCCGCGAGUAGUUUCGUUGGCUCUGUACCGGCUGUUGUUAACGACGAGAAGACAGCAACUAGCCAAGGAGCUUCCAGUGCAAAUUUGCAAAUAUUUCCUCCAAAUAACGCCGGAAAUGGUGGCCCGGGGUACCAACCGAUCGGCAACACUGCUGAUGAAGGAGGACAACCCACAAACAACUGGUCGGGAUUGUUCAGCAUCUCCUCGUACACACAAUAUUUUAAUGUAGAUACAGAUAUCGUGUUAAACAGAUUGAUAAGUUCCUUGAAUUCUAUGAGUGGAGAUUUUAUCAGCAAGAUCGAUGCGAACCCAGACCUGUACGGCCUCGUAUGGAUUUCCACGACACUGGUUUUUGUUCUUGCCUCCCUUGGAAACAUCGCUACCUACUUGAUGAACAAACGAACCGACCACACUACAUCAUGGACUUUCGAUGUCAGCUACGUGAACGUUGCAGCAGCCUCCAUUUACGGCUAUUCGUUGAUAGUUCCGCUGGGAUAUUACUUCUUGUUUCAGUAUUUGGGUUCGGGCGCCAGCCUGAUACGAUUCUGGUGCUUGUGGGGAUAUUCCCUCUUCGUUUUCAUCCUGGCUUCUUUUCUGUUGGUCAUUCCGUUGGAGUUUCUACGGUGGAUUGUCAUAGUAAUUGCCGGGGCUGCCUCGGCUACAUUCGUUGGCGUGAACCUGAGAUCGUACGUACAAACCAACGAUAUCAUGAUUGUGGCUGUUUCGGCGUUUGUUCUCCAAAUGGGGUUGGCGAUCUUCGUCAAGAUGUGGUUCUUUGCGUAGCUCAAUCUUCCGGGUAUGCCGCUAUCGAUCCCUUAGUUACCUCACCUCUCUCUGAGUUUGUUUGUUGUGCAGAGAAAUUGAAAUUGAAAUUGAAAUUGUGUCUAGAGAUGUUAAGGUGUUGUGAUCUUUGUGUGUUGCUCGAAAUGUUUGAUGAUGAUGAUGUUGUUGUUGUAUUGAAGAAUUAGUUUAGUUUCUCUUUCAUUUUGUUGAUGUUCGUGAAUGAAUGGUAUGUGGUCGUCUCUAUC